GCAUCGCAGUAAUAAUGUUACAUGUAUCCAGCUGACACCUUACUCAGUCGUAGGGUUAACAUUGAUUAAUAAUUUUAUAUUUAUUUUAACUUACAUAUGUGGGAGUGAAAAAUCUAACUAAUAGCAAGACAUGGAUAUGAAAUAGAUAUUUUAGUUUAAUUUUACAUCCUAUGCAAAACCUAGCCAGUAACUUAAAUUAUUUAACCGAAGGUUUCAAAACUGGAAUAUCUUCCCUCAUGAAUUUAGCUGGAGAAGGGGGAGACCCCAACAGUGGAGUUUUUUUUGUGAACUUCAAUCAAGACUGCACGUCCCUUGCUGUAGGAACUAAGACUGGAUAUAAAUUAUUUUCUUUGAAUUAUGUGGAUAAAUUUGAAAAGAUUUAUGAAAAUGAUAGUGAAGAUAUUUGCAUUGUCGAGAGACUGUUUUCUUCAAGUCUGGUGGCCAUUGUCAGUCUUUCAUCCCCUCGAAAGCUCAAAGUCUGCCAUUUCAAGAAGGGAACAGAAAUCUGCAACUAUAGCUACUCUAAUACUAUCUUAGCUGUCAAACUAAAUAGAGCUAGACUUGUUGUCUGUCUUGAAGAAAGUCUAUAUAUACACAACAUCAGGGACAUGAAGGUUUUACAUACAAUAAGAGAUACACCACCUAAUCCUCAUGGAAUAUGUACACUCUCUGCUAGCAAUGACAACUGUUACUUGGCUUUUCCAGGCAGUAACACAAUAGGAGAAGUUCAAAUAUUUGAUGCUGAUAACUUGCAAGCUAAGAUCAUGAUACAAGCCCAUGAUAGCCCUUUGGCAGCUAUGACUUUUAAUCCUAGUGGAACCAAAAUUGCUACAGCAUCUGAAAAAGGAACAGUAAUUAGGGUCUUUAAUGUAGCAGAUGGGGAAAAGCUAUAUGAAUUUAGAAGAGGAGUAAAAAGGUGUGUCAGCAUAUACUCCUUGUCAUUCAGUUCAGACUCAACUUUUCUCUGUGCCUCAAGUAACACAGAAACCGUUCAUGUGUUCAAGUUGGAUGAUCCACGAGAAGUAAGGUAUGUUGAAGAACCUCAAGGUUGGAUGGAGUAUGUAGGAAAAGCCUUAAUGCAGUCUGCUAGCUAUUUACCAACUCAAGUGACAGAUAUGUUUAACCAAGGAAGAUCAUUUGCUACUGUUCAUCUCCCUUUCUCUGGCCUUAAAAACGUGUGUGCCUUGGCAUUAAUUCAGAAGAUACCAAGAGUACUGGUAGCUUCAGCUGAUGGAUAUUUGUAUAUCUAUAAUUUGGAGCCAGGUGAAGGAGGAAACUGUGCUCUUGUUAAGCAACACAGGUGUGUGGUUUCAAAUAUAACCCUAAUAAUUAAAACCUUUCGAGCGGGACCAUAUUAA